AAAUUAACCUUACUAAAGUCCGAUAAAGAAUAAGCCCCAAAUCAUUAAACCCUCACCCCCUCAGCCGUCCUGCCUGUUUUUACUCACCAUCGCGAAGGACAAUAUAAAAGUGAUAGGAAGUUAUAGAGAAAUGGAUACUGGAGCAAAUGGUGAAAAUGGAUCUUUGGUUCUAGUAAAACAAGGAGCUGAAGCUAGAGUUUUUGAGUCGACAUUUGCUGGAAGGAAGUCUAUUGUCAAGGAACGGUUCUCAAAGAAGUAUAGGCAUCCGACUUUAGAUUCAAAACUCACCAUCAAGCGAUUAAAUGCGGAGGCUAGGUGUAUGACAAAGGCUAGAAGGCUUGGAGUUUCUACUCCUGUGCUUUAUGCAGUAGACCCUGUAUCACAUACUCUCACUUUUGAGUACAUCGAAGGGCCAUCAAUCAAGGAUAUAUUUCUUGAAUUUGGAUUGCAUGGAGUUGUUGAUGAAAGGAUGGAUGACAUUGCUUUGCAGAUUGGGGAUACAAUUGGCAAAUUACAUGAUGGUGGGGUCAUUCAUGGGGACUUGACUACAUCAAACAUGUUAUGGCGCAGUGCUAGCAACCAACUGGUGCUGAUUGAUUUUGGUUUGAGCUUUGUAUCAACCCUUCCAGAAGACAAAGCCGUUGAUUUGUAUGUACUGGAACGAGCCUUGUUGUCAAUGCAUUCUUCAUGUGGCAAUGUGAUGGAUAAGAUACUUGCGGCAUAUAGGAAAUCUUCGAAGCAAUGGUCAUCCACACAUAACAAACUUGGUCAAGUGAGACAACGAGGUAGAAAACGAACCAUGGUUGGAUGAAUAGUUGAACACAUGCUGCCUUUUGUAUGAUAUGGUGGAAGAAAACACUCGCAAUGUGCUUUACCACCACCAGCUUUAGAGUAAAUUAUCUUGAUAUGAAAACCAUAGUCUUCAUCCGGUAUGUGCUAAAUUCUUUGUGAUUGUAUUCUUGCUGAUAAACACAUUCACAUAAUGAUUAUUGAAUAGUUUUUAUUUCAAAUGAUGGCAUUGAAAACCAUAGAAUGUUACAUUAGCCAUUUUUUUAGCUACAGAUACUAUUCAGUUUGUUAGGGCUAAAUUGUUCUGUAUGAGUGUAUGUAUGUUAUGUAAACCAGCAUUCUUGCAGUUUGAUCUCAA